AUGAUUUCAAUUCAAGGCAAGCCAUUUAACAUCACAGUUAUCCAAGUUUAUGCUCCAGCCAUAGAUUCUGAAAUUGUCCAGUUCUAUGAAGAUAUUCAACACAUGAUGGAUAAGACACCAAGAAAAGAUGUUACUAUCCUCAUAGGAGACUGGAAUGCUAAAGUAGGGAACCAAAAGACACCUGGAAUAACUGGCAAGUUUGGCCUUGGAGUUAAAAAUGAAGCAGGUCAGAGAUUAGCAGAAUUCUGUCAAGAUAAUUCUCUGGUCAUAGCAAAGACCUUCUUCCAACAGCCUCCAAGACGACUCUACACAUGGACAUCACCAGAUGGACAAUAUAGAAAUCAGAUUGAUUAUAUACUUUGCAGCCAAAGAUGGAGGAACUCUAUACAGUCAGCAAAAACAAGACCUGGAGCUGACUGUGGCUCAGACCAUGAGCUUCUCAUUGCAAAGUUCAGAAUUAAAUUGAAGAAAAGAAGGAAAACUAUCAGUCCAAUCAGAUACGACAUAAAUAAUAUCCCUUGUGAAUAUGCAGUGGAAGUAAAGAAUAGUUUUGAGGGACUAGACAUGGACGAUAGAAUGCCUGAAGAACUUUGGACCAAAGUUUGCAAUAUUAUCCAGGAAACCGCAAGAAAAAAUAUCCACAAAAGAAAGAAAUCUAAGAAGGCAAACUGGCUAUCUGAUGAGGCUGUAAAAAUAGCCCAGGAAAGAAGGAAAGCGAAAGGUAGUGCAGAUCGGAAAAAAACUGUCCAAUUGAAUGCAGAAUUCCAAAGGAUAGCAAGGAGACAUUUUACGAUGAGCAAUGUAAAGAGAUAG